AUGGACGCCACUGGCGACCAUUCACGAGAUCCGCUCUGCGCUCUCUGCCAGAGAUUCACGGACGAUCUCAUAGCCUCAGACUUUGGCCGCCGUUAUGAGCUUCCCAGGGAUGGUAUGUGGACAGAGAAAAUGAUCUCGGGGAAAACUCAUGGCUUUUCCGAAUAUGGUCCUGGCUUCAUUCACCACAAGACUGCCAGUGAUCUCGAAAACAGCGCUCAAGGCUGUGCUAUGUGCCGCGCCAUCUGGGACGGCCAUCGCUCGGAACAUCGACCGCAGGUCACUCAUCUCGCUCUUUUCGCUGGAUAUUAUUCAGUGAAAACGGAACCAAAACGCUCGAUCUUCGCGACGUCGUUGGACGAUCGGAGACCAGGUAUUCAGGGUUGCUUUUUCGACAUAAGCACAAUACGUCCUUACGAGGGAGAAAUUUCCUCCUUUUGCCUUUCAGAUCGAGAAAGCAGGACAACGCCUGAUUUCGCGCGAGCCAUACCGGACAGUUCCAUGUCAGUGGACUCAUUCGAGACUGCACGAUUUUGGAUGAAGGAUUGUAUCGAGAACCACUCGACUUGCUCGACACCAGCACGCGAACUGCCAACACGAGUUAUUGAUGUCGGGACCAUCCCGGGAGCUCCAGCAUCACUGCGCAUCACAAACAGUCUUACUGGGCACUAUGCAGCUCUGAGCCACUGUUGGGGCGGGAACAUCCCCUGCAAGAUGACAAUGGGCAAUCUCGAAGCAUAUCAAGUUGCUCUCCCGAUGCACGCCCUACCGCAAAACUUCCUUGAUGCUAUAACGCUUACAAGAGAGCUUGGCCUGCGGUAUUUGUGGAUCGACGCCAUGUGCAUUAUACAAGACUCGGCAGCUGAUUGGGCCACAGAAGCAGCAAGAAUGGCAACUGUCUACAGCAAUGCAAGAGUUACAAUCUCAGCGUUGGACUCCCCAGGCAGCACCCAUGGCUUCCUCGUCCCGAGGUCCCACAAAAGGGUCAGGUUGGGUCAAGGAUUUAUUUUCUCCGAACAUCCAUUGGACUACCUCCAAGCAGUCGAAGGAGGCCUGCUGAACAGCCGCGGGUGGUGCAUGCAAGAGUGGGCAUUGUCAAAGUUCACACUGUACAUUGGACGCGAACAGAUGUAUUGGGAGUGUCCGACCAUCACGGCUCGAGAGGACGGGAUUCCUCAUGACGCAUACUACUACGCCACACCCAUGAGCUUUGAGGUAGCGCGUAAAAACUUAUCCCUCGGAACUACGACGAGCUUGCAACAUUGGUAUACAAUUGUGGAAGAGUUUAGCAAAAGAAGUCUGACUUUUGGCGAAGACAAGCUGCCAGCGCUGGCAGGUGUUGCUAGUCGUUUCGGAUCAACCAAAAUUGGCGGUUCGUAUGUUGCUGGGCUUUGGGCAGAGGAAAUCUUCCAAGGCAUUUUGUGGCGAGCGCGUACGUCUGGUGCGUAUGGUAAGGAAUUUCCUCCGCACCUGCGGUUACCAGCGAAGCCGCGGGCUCCAAGUUGGAGUUGGGCUAGCAUUGAUGGGGAAAUACUGUUCCCUAUGAGGGUAGGAAAGGUACCCUGGCAGCCGCAUGCCUCCAUCCAAAGCCUGCGGAUCGAUAUGAAUGUUGCAAUGAACGACUUCGCGGCCCCAAAGGUUGAAGGCGCUUUGAAGCUGGGUGGACUCAUCGCUAAGAUGCGAUAUGCUCCUGGUAAUAGGUCCAAGCGUAGUGAUGCAGUUCACGAAGGCAGUCUAGCCUUUGAAGGAGAGACGCGUUACGGAGGAAGUAUUACCAUGGACCGUGACCGCGAAGUGGCACGGGAUUGCUGGGCACUCGUCGUGGGGCAACGGCAUACUGAUAUUCUCACUCUCGAGGAAGUGGGCCACAAUAAGUUUAAGCGAAUAGGAUGUGGUUCGAGGGACUUAAAGUUACAUGGCGAUGACAGCUUCUUUUUGACGGAUAUUUCAUUGAUUUGA